ACACAUAGACAGAAGCAGAGAACUGGGCAUUGCUACUGGUAUUUUAUUCCACGGUAGGGAAAGCGUUGGAAUGGCGGUUCAUGUAUCAUCUGCAUCAUUCGGAUAAAGGGUUGCAUACAUGACUGUCACUGUGUGGUAAGCUGCUACUACAUUUGCUUUCUGCAAGAUCAUCCAGACGAGACAGAGAAGGAGGAGGUCCGAUUAAGUCUUGCUCCGUAAUUUCACUUUAUUACUUUGCUGCAACAUGGUUUCUGGGGUGGUAGACACGUCCGCUUCGAGCAAUAACCCGGAAGCAGAUGAGAAACGGAAGAUCACAUGCCUUCGAUGCUGCUCGGUCACUGCACUUUUAGUCCUUCUUUCCGUCCCUCACAUGAUCCUGGGCCUCCCCAGUGUGGUAGUGGGAGUGAUCCUCUACAGUGACGCGCACAUCUGGCUCGCGCACACGGUAUCACCGAUAUGGAGUGGUGUUUGUUUUUUCUUUUGCGGUGUCUUUGGAAUAGUGUCUGCUAAGAGAAGUACUCCAUAUACAAUAUUUUGUUUUUCGUCGUUCUGCAUAAUCAGUCUCAUGGUUGGUAUCAUCGAUAUGCAGCUCUUGAGACUUGGUCUAGUCAACCACACAACAGACGGACAGACAUUCCUUAAGGACAAUGUAGAUCCUGUCAUCAAUAUCGCAUUGGGUAUAGCAGGAGCGGAGAGUUUUAUCUGUGCCCUGAGCGCCCUGUUUAGCUGCCUGGUAGGCCAGCAUGUCCGCAAGGCACUUCGGGCCGGCGGGCAACGAGUGAUCACAAGAGAACAGAUUAUCGCACAGCGACAAGAACAAAUUAGACAGGCAAAAGAAGCCCCCAAUAGAUCGGGCUGGUUGACUAUUAAGACGACAUUGCCUUUGCUCAGCUCAAAAUCAAGAGAUCAAGGAUUAGACACGGAUUAACUAAUCCCAACCAAGCAACGGGAGCACGAGAGGAAAGUGUUGGAGAAGAUGGAGAAAGAACGCGCCAAAUCAAUCCGCUAUCAUCGAGUUUGAAGAGCGCCAUCUCAGGCGAGGACUGUAUCAUGCAAGCACAACGCCAGUCAAAAUAUAUACCCUGAUACACAAAAUAACACUUUUUACGAAAGUUUGUAUGUAAAAGUGCAGAAAUGUAGGAUUUGUAUUCUAUUUACAUUUAUAAGAUAAUAAGGCUGACCAAAUCUUUGCCAACUUGUAGUAAGAUUUUUGUAUAUGUGACUGGCUAUUUGAAAUAAAUCAAAUCUGUCACGAAUAUUUAGGUGGUGCCAAAGUGAAAUAUUUCAAUUAGUAUAAAAGGUCAUGACAUUUUACCUGAUAAAAUUUCAUUGCUAUUCAACAGAUUAAUACACACGAUGUUUAAUAGCAAAAGAGCAAAAUAUACUUGAAUGUAAUUAUAGUUUUUACUUUCUGAAUGUUUGUUUGUUUUUGCAGCUUUGAAUUUUUACAGUUUUCUCUUUUUUAAGUUUGGCUAUAACUAACCUAAACACUAAUCAAAAUCUCAAGAUUUGUAGAGACGAAAGACCGAAUUCUUGCUUCAUCGGGCUUGAUCAUAAUUAUCAUUGAUUAAGUGACUUUCAUUGUUUUCUUUGACGGAUAUUUAAGAUCAAAUUAAUUUUGUCCACUUUAAUGGUCAAAGUCUUGUUCAUUACUUUUUUUGUAAUGCAUCACAGGUUAAACCAUUUUGUUAUGUUGAAAAAGAUUUAGAGUCUAAAAUAUUUAAUGCAGCUCUUCAUUUUGUACACUGUUGAUAAAUAGUUCGAAAAAAUAAAGAUUUCUGUCGAAAUAUUUGCGAUUUAAUAAUUGUUAGGAUCGAUACAUGCAUCUACAUAUUCACUACCAUGCCAGAGUAUGGUAUUGAUGAUAGACCUACAGUUUUUUUUAAUAACUUGGCGAUAAUCUAUUUAAGAAAAGACAGUAUUCAUCUUGAUAUCUUAAGACCAAAUAAGUUACAGUAUUUUCCCCUUAAUAAUUUACAAAGGUUAUGAGUAAGUUCAGUAUCCCCUGUAUCUCCUAUGGACAUGUUAUUCCAAGAUAUAUUCAACUGAUGACUUUCUGUUUUUAUUUCCCAUGAAAAUUGAUUAAGCAGAUUUGAAGAUUUCAGGCAGGGACGGUUGCUCCUCGAUGAUAUUCGAUUCAUGAAAAAAAAAAUAACACCCAAGAGGGAUUUGAAGAUACUUGGGACAGGGGGAUCGCCCCUAUAUGAUUUUCAAUUAAUAAAAUAAAAAGAACCAAAAAGGGAGGGGAAAAGAAAGAAAAUCAGGGAGAAAAAGGACGAAAGUUGAAAAAAAGCAUAUUAUGUAACUCCUUACUUCAUUUCAGCGAAAAAUCGUCUUGCCCCCCACCCUCAAAAUACCCAGGUGCCGCCCCUGAUAUUUGAUAUGGAAAUUCAUUUAAAUCAAUCUUUUCUAGGGGGUGGACUUGACCUUUGAGUGCAUCAAUAAUUUAUAAUAAUUCUUAAAACGUCAUGAUUCAUCAGAUUAUUUUGAAUUGUGCUUAUUGUAAACGUUUAAUUAAAAUGGAAAUCGAAAUGAAAUUUACUUACUUGGAUAAGUAUUGCUUUACAUCAUGCAAUAUAUCUUAAAAUUUUAGAAUAUAUUUUUUCCCUUCCCAGGUGGUGAUUUAAAACGCCACUCGAUCUGAAAAGGAAUAACGUCCUGUGAUAUUUUGAAGUUAUCAUGAUGUGUGCUUGGAUGGUAGAUCAGGGAAAUGUUACCAAGAUUCCCCUGGUCAGAUAAUCAAUUUCUACACCUGUGCAGUGAUAAACAUAAAGGGAACAUACUCGCAUGCACAAAGGGCAAUUAAAGAAGGUUAAGUUUCUCUUCAUAUCAUUGAUUUUAAAAGAUACGUAAGAAAAUGGAUUGACAGAGGAGAUGUUGCAAGAGAUGUUACCGGAAUUACCAAUAACAUUACAUUAUUAAGUACAUAAUCCAGUCUUUACUGUAUUCAUGAGAUGGUUAAUUGUUAUUUGUAUCAAUAAUUAAACAUGACAGUUUCAAGUGCGAAAUAACGAUUAGAUUAUUUGAAAACAUACACCACAAUAUUUCAUCCACCACUGAAGUUUAAUAUAAUAUAUGAGAAGAUACAUUUGUUAUACAAUGAUAGAGACUGCAAAAUAUAAAUGCCAUUAUACCUGAUUGAUAACCUGGUUAUGUAUGCGUAUAAUAGUUGGAAAUUAUUUUGGAUAGGUCUAUCACAGAUAUUAACUUUCUAUUUAUUGUAUUAAAUUUAACAUUAAUUUUGAUUACAUGUUUUUUUUUUCGAGAUAGAUAUUCUCUGUACUUUUAUAAGAUAUCCCAUGUAGGAUUUAUGGAAUUUAAACCGGGUCAGACGUGUAACUGAAAAUAUGAUGACAAAUUCGGUGUAGGAUUUUGUACCCAUAAAGCUUCCCCAAUCUAAUUGUGACUUUGCAUAAUUAUUAUGGAUGAAUUUAUGUCAUCGAUUUAAGAGAAAGGAUUAUAAUUAUAUUAUCGCUUAUGACUCACGCAUGUGAUUUCUUGUAUUUGCAACCCGUGAGCACAAGAAGGUUUUGUAAAUCUGAAAGGUGUUAUUGAAGUCUACUUUGUGAAGUAACAAGCUUUCACCUUCACCUUCCAUUAUUAAAGGGAUGGUACGGGCUGAAAAUAUUUAUAUCUCAAUAAAUAGAGUAAAAUUCACAGAGCAAAAUUCCAAAAAUUUCAUCGAAAUUGGAUAACAAAUAACAAAGUUAUUGAUGAAAUAAGUUUCAGCAAUAAAUAUCUAAUGCACUAAAUCAGUUGUCAAUCCAUUAUUUAGUUCUUGGAGGUAAAAUUUUGAAUAAAUAUAAUUACAUAUAAUAACAUACAAAAGAACAGGUGGGGAUAUGGCAUCAUUAAUUUGCUCAUUGAAUAUUCAUGAAGACAUGCCAAGAACUGUUUCCCUGGAAAAUGCAAAGAUCUAAAAUGUCAUAACUUUGUUCUUCCUUGUCCGAUUUUGAUCAAAUUUUCAGUCUUUUGUUAGUCUGAUUUUUUUUUAAUCUCUUCAAAUCAUGUACUUCAGCCUGGAGUAUCUCUUUAAUAAGCAUAGGACUGAAUGUAAAGAAUUUCUAAAGAUUAAUAGGCCUGUCACAGAUUUUCACAUAGGUAGGGCCUCCAAAACAACAUAUAAAUAUACUGAAUUUCAGAAAUAUUGAUUAGAACAACUACGAAUGAUUUCCACUAUUCUGAUAAAGUCAUUCCGAAUGAGACAAAUUUAUAGAACCUCUGUACCAUAUCUAAAAUAACCCUUCAAUCUAAAAUGUACACCAGACCUCUGUGUACAAAUAAUUCCACUUCAAGGAAAUGUUGUUAUAGUAAGAUUCUUUAAGGCUUUUUUGUUACUUCUGACCUUGAGUUUGGUUAUAGAAGAUGUUUUGAAAUAUCGUGUUAUUACAUUACUGAUUGUAAUACCAAUAUGUGUUUUUUUAUCGAUCGAAAUAUUUUGUGAAUCAUUGAAGUGACUAAUCAAUGUGGCAAUAUCAAAUUCAGAUGCAAGAUAUUCAUUUUUCGAACGGAAGGCAAGGAAUAAAAAUGUAAAUAGAGAGUGUAUCAUGCACUAAAAAUAUGCAGUAACUGCAUGGAACAUCUCAGUGCAAAUAUGUAUCAUAUAGUGACUAAUGUAGAUUUGUUGCCGUGUGCUGUAUGUAUAUUUGCCGCUUGGAAAAAUAUAAUGCAAUAAAAUGUCAUAGCAAAUAAGCCUGAAAUAUC